CUCUGCCAGAUACGGGGACAUCCAGAAUUUCCUCUUCUGUCUCAAGAUGGAGAUGUGACGAUUGGAGGUGUUUUUUCAAUCCACAGCAAAAUCACACAACCUUCACUUUCCUUUACAGAAAGACCAACAACACUGGAGUGCACUGGUAUUAACCUAAGGGAGUUUCGCUUUGCUCAGACAAUGAUUUUUGCUAUUCAGGAAAUUAAUAAAAAUGAGGAUAUUCUUGGGAAUAUAUCAAUUGGAUACAGAAUUUAUGACAACUGUGGGUCGACAUUAUCCUCGAUGCGUGCAGCGAUGGCUCUGAUGAACGGCCAUGAGCUGACUUUGGGAAAUAGCUGCUCUGGUCAGUCGGCGGUUCAUGCAAUUAUUGGAGAGUCUGAAUCUUCUUCAACCAUUGUCCUUUCUCGCACUACUGGACCAUUUCAAAUUCCAGUGAUAAGUCAUUCUGCCACAUGCGAGUGUUUGAGCAGUAGGAAGGAGUAUCCCUCUUUUUUUCGAACCAUUGCAAGUGAUCUUUAUCAAAGCCGUGCUCUUGCACAGCUUGUCAAACACUUUGGCUGGACCUGGGUCGGAGCAGUCAACAGUGACAGUGAUUACGGCAACAAUGGGAUGGCCAUCUUCCUUUCUGCGGCCCAAGAGGAAGGAGUUUGUGUGGAGUACACAGAGAAAUUUGACAGAGCAGAGCCAGAGAAACUACUGAAGGUGGUAGAAGUGAUCAGAAAGAGCACAGCUCGAGUAAUUGUUGGCUUUCUUGCUCAUGUGGAAAUGAAUAACCUGCUAGAGCAGUUGAGUCUCCACAACAUCACGGGACGGCAGUUCAUUGGCGUGGAGGCCUGGAUCACUGCGGACAGCCUUGUGACUCCCACCAGCUUUAGUGUGCUGGGAGGUGCACUCGGCUUUGCAGUGCAAAAGGCCAAUAUCAGUGGCCUGGAGGAUUUUCUAGUUAGAGAUUUCUGGAAAACUCAAUUCCUGUGCAAUGAGGCAAACAUGGAGACCAGUCAAAACCCUUGCAAAGCCAGUCAGGAUUUAAUGGAGCUCAGCGAUAAGGAUGAUGAUGUGGAAGAGCUAAGGUACUCCACUAACAUCUAUAAAGCCGUCUAUGCCAUAUCACAUUCUCUGCACACAGUCUUGAAGUGUUCAGAGGGACAAGGAUGUCAAAAAAUGGUAGAAAUUAAGCCAUGGGAGGUAGUAGAGGCUCUAAAGAACGUGAACUUUACUGUCAAGAAUGGGGACAGAGUGCGGUUUGAUCAAACUGGAGCUGCCGUUGCCAGGUAUGAGGUGGUGAACUGGCAACGUGGAACAGAUGGAUCUGUUCAGUUCAGACCUGUUGGCUACUAUGAUGCUUCACUACCGUCUGGCAAGAGGUUUAUUCUUAACACAGACGCCAUUAUGGCCAGGGGGACAAAAGAGCCACCUGUGUCAGUUUGCAGUGAAAGCUGUCGACCAGGAACCCAUAAAGUCCUUCAAAAAGGAAAACCCGUUUGCUGCUUUGACUGUGUGCCGUGUCCAGUUGGAGAAUUUAGCAACACGACAGAUUCUAUUGGCUGCAAAAAAUGCCCUGAAGCAUUUUGGUCCAAUCAAAACAGAGAUGCAUGUUUACCAAAAGAAAUUGAGUUUCUCUCUUUUACUGAAGUUAUGGGCAAGAUACUGAUAUUUUUCACUUUGUUCGGUGUUGUGCUAACUUUAAUAGUAGCGACACUGUUUUUAGUCAACAAGGACACUCCACUGGUGAAAGCAAACAACUCUGAGCUCAGCUUCCUGUUGCUGUUCUCCUUGUCUCUGUGUUUCUUGUGUUCUCUAACCUUUAUUGGCCAGCCCACUGAGUGGUCCUGCAUGCUGCGGCACACAGCGUUCGGCAUCACCUUCGUCCUCUGCAUCUCUUGUAUUCUUGGGAAAACUAUCGUGGUUCUAAUGGCCUUUAAAGCCACACUUCCAGGCAGCAAUGUGAUGAAAUGGUUUGGGCCUGCACAGCAGAGACUCACUGUUUUGUUUUUCACGUUUGUACAGGUCAUAAUUUGCAUCCUCUGGUUAACAAUAAAUCCCCCCUUUCCUUUAAAAAACUUCAAGUACUAUUUGGAGAAAAUCAUCCUUGAAUGCGCUCUGGGAUCACCUGUUGGCUUUUGGGCUGUGUUGGGAUACGUUGGACUCUUGGCCUUGCUAUGUUUUGUCCUUGCUUUCUUAGCCAGGAAGCUGCCAGAUACCUUCAAUGAGGCCAAACACAUCACCUUCAGUAUGUUAAUUUUCUGUGCCGUCUGGAUCACCUUCAUCCCAGCUUAUGUCAGCUCUCCUGGAAAUCUCACGGUAGCUGUGGAGAUAUUUGCUAUUCUAGCGUCAAGUUAUGGGAUACUGUUUUGUAUAUUUGCACCAAAAUGUUUUAUCCUUGUCCUGAGGCCUGAGCUGAACACAAAGAAACACCUGCUGGGAAAAACACAACACUAG